CUGGCUCCUUCUGAGAAGGAGAAACUGGAGGUCAUGAGCAAGUCCUACGACAUCAAAAAGUCCUGCUGGGUGAAGGAUGAAAAGGAGGGCUUUGUUGCUGCCGAGAUCCAGACUGACCAGGGUGACCAAGUUACUGUCAAGACAGUGAAAAAUGCAACCCUCACCCUGAAGAAGGAUGACAUUCAGCAGAUGAACCCGCCUAAGUUCUACCAGGCUAGUGACAUGGCUAACUUGACCUUCCUUAAUGAGGCUAGCGUCCUGGAAAACCUUCGCCAGCGCUAUGUCUGCAUGAGGAUCUAUACCUACUCUGGCUUGUUCUGUGUCACUAUCAACCCUUACAAGUGGCUACCCAUUUAUGGGUCGAAAGUUGCCCAAAUGUACAAGGGGAAGAAGCGUAGCGAGGCCCCUCCCCAUCUUUUCUCCAUCUCUGACAACGCCUAUCAUGACAUGAUGAUGGAGCAUGAAAACCAGUCCAUGCUGAUCACUGGAGAGUCUGGUGCCGGCAAGACUGAGAACACUAAGAAGGUCAUCCAGUACUUUGCCAACGUGGGGGCCGCUGGGGGUAAAUCGAAUUCAGAUUGCAAGGGCUCCCUGGAAGAUCAAAUCAUCCAGGCUAACCCUGUGCUGGAAGCUUUUGGCAAUGCCAAAACAACCAGAAACAACAACUCCUCUCGAUUUGGUAAAUUCAUCCGAAUCCAUUUUGGGCCAACGGCUAAGCUGGCUGGCGCUGACAUUGAGACCUACCUGUUGGAGAAGUCGCGGGUCAUCUCCCAGCAAGCCGCAGAGCGAGGCUACCACAUCUUCUACCAGCUACUGUCUGGGAAGAAGCCGGAGCUACUCGAGGCGCUGCUGUUAAAUCCAGACCCAAAACAGUAUGUGUGGAUUUGCCAGGGCGUGACCACAGUGGACAAUAUGGACGACAGAGAAGAACUAAUGCUCACAGAUGAAGCUUUUGAUGUGCUGGGUUUCACCACGGAGGAGAAGAUGAGUGUCUACAAGCUCACAGGUGGCAUCAUGCACUUCGGCAACAUGAAGUUCAAGCAGAAGCCGAGGGAGGAGCAAGCGGAGGUUGACACCACUGAAGUGGCCGACAAAGUUGCCCACCUCAUGGGAGUCAACUCCGGCGACCUGCAGAAGGGCAUCACCAGACCUCGCGUCAAGGUGGGAAAUGAAUUUGUGACCAAAGGCCAGAAUCAAGACCAGUGCGUCUACUCCAUCGGCGCCCUGGGCAAAGCCAUAUAUGACAGAAUGUUUAAAUGGAUGGUCACCAGGAUCAACAGGACCCUGGACACCAAGAUGCAACGCGAGUAUUUCAUUGGUGUCUUGGAUAUUGCUGGCUUCGAGAUCUUUGAGUUCAACAGCUUUGAGCAGUUGUGCAUCAACUUCACCAAUGAGAAGCUGCAACAGUUUUUCAAUCACCACAUGUUUGUGCUGGAACAAGAGGAGUACAAGAAGGAGGGGAUAGAAUGGGUCUUCAUUGACUUUGGCUUGGAUCUGCAAGCUUGCAUUGAUCUUCUGGAGAAGCCAAUGGGAAUCUUCUCCAUCCUUGAAGAGCAGUGCGUGUUCCCCAAGGCUACUGAUGCCACCUUCAAGGCUGCCUUGUAUGAAAAUCAUCUGGGCAAGUCUGGCAACUUCCUGAAGCCCAAGGGUGGGAAGAAAGGUCCCGAGGCUCAUUUUGAGUUGAUCCACUACGCUGGCACAGUUGGGUAUAAUAUCUCAGGCUGGCUGGAGAAGAACAAAGACCCUCUGAACGAGACGGUGGUUGGGCUCUUCCAGAAGUCCUCCAUGCCUCUGCUGGCCCACCUCUUCAAAGAGGAGGAAAGCGCUGCUGGGACUAAAAAGCAGAAGAAGGGCUCUUCCUUCCAGACUGUUUCUGUUUUCUACAGGGAACAGCUGAACAAACUGAUGAGCACAUUACGCAGCACUGCUCCACACUUCGUCCGCUGCAUUGUGCCUAACGAGUUUAAAAAAUCAGGUGUGUGUGACGCAUUCCUCGUCCUGCACCAGCUGGCCUGUAACGGUGUCCUGGAGGGCAUCCGCAUCUGCAGGAAGGGAUUCCCCAACAGGCUUCAGUACCCAGAGUUCAAGCAGAGAUAUUACAUCCUGAACCCGAAUAUCAUCCCAAAGGGAUUUGUAGACAACAAAAAAGCCUCUGAAUUGAUCCUGGGCUCCAUUGGAUUAGAUGCCUCGGAGUACAGAAUAGGACACACCAAGGUGUUUUUUCGUGCCGGAGUGUUGGCCAAGCUAGAAGAUAUGCGUGAUGAACGUCUAGCAAAGAUCAUGACGAUGCUCCAGGCACGCAUAAGAGGUGUCCUCAUGAGAAUCGAGUUCAAGAAGAUGGUUGAAAGAAGAAUUGCUCUCAUUGCUAUCCAGCGAAAUGUGAGGAAAUUCCUGCAGCUUCGUUUCUGGGGCUGGUGGAAGCUCUACACAAAGGUUAAGCCACUACUCAACGUGGCUCGUCAAGAAGACGAGCUGAAGGCCAAGGAGGAGGAACUGCGACUUGCUAUGGAGAAAGCGCAGGAGAUGGUUGAAAAAGUUAAAGACCUGGAAGAGAAACUGGUGACUUUCUCCAAAGAGAAGAAUGACCUCUCUUUGGCACUGGCAGCUGAACAAGAUACGACAGCAGAUGCAGAGGAGCGCUGCACACAGCUGAUGAGGCAGAAGAUCAACCUGGAGGGUGAAAUCCAAGACAUGAAGGAGCGUCUGGAGGAGGAGGAAAGCACAGCAAACAGCCUUGGUGCACAGAGGCGCAAACUGGAGGUAGAGCUCAAUGAUCUCAAGCGGGAUCUGGAAGAGCUGGAGUCCACCUUGGCAAAGACUGAAAAGGAAAAGCAGAGCCUGGACCAGAAAGCGCGCACUCUUACAGGAGACCUGGGCCAGAGGGACGACACCAUCGCCAAGCUGCAGAAGGAGAAGAGAGCUCUGGAGGAACUUCAGCAGAAAACUUUGGAUGAUCUUCAGACAGAAGAGGAUAAGGUCAACCACUUAACUAAGAACAACAGCAAGCUCACUGCUCAGCUUCAUGAGGUGGAAGACAACUGGGAUCAAGAGAAGAAAAUCCGUGCUGAGGUGGAAAAAGCUCGUCGAAAGGCAGAAGGGGACCUAAAAAUGACAAUCGAAAACCUCAACGAAAUGGAAAGAGCCAAGAUCGAUCUGGAGGAGGUUGUUAAAAAGAGAGAUUUGGAGAUCAAUCACAUGAACACAAAAUGGGAGGAUGAGCAGUCGCUGAACUCCACUUUGCAGAGGAAGCUGAAGGAACAUCAGGCCCGCAUUGAGGAGCUCGAAGAGGAGCUGGAAGCCGAGAGGGCAAUAAGAACCAAGGUAGAGAAACAGAGGGCAGAUCUAUCUCGUGACCUGGAAGACAUUUCAGAUCGACUCGAAGAAGCGGGAGGGGCCACCGUGGCUCAGAUCGAGCAGAACAAGAAGCGGGAGGGCGAGCUGCUGAAGCUGCGAAGGGAGCUGGAGGAGACAGCUCUGCAGGCGGAGGCGACUGCCUCCGCGAUGAGGAAGAAGCACUCAGACUCCAUGUCCGAGAUGGCCGAGCAUGUGGAGAACCUACAGAGGGUCAGGCUCAAGCUGGAGAAAGACAAACAAGUCAUGAAGGCUGAGAUCGAUGACCUCAACGCCACGAUUGAGUCAGUUCAGAAAUCGAAGCUGAAUUCUGAAGCUCAUGUUCACAAGUUGGAGGACAACCUGGCUGAAGUUAUUGCCAGACUGACGGAUAUGGAGAAGAAUCAGACGGAGCUAAAUGCCAUUAAGAUUCGCCUUUCGGCUGAGAACAGUGAUUUGAGCCGUGAGUUAGACCAGACGCAGAGCAAGCUGACCCAGAUCUCACGUCUAAGAAGUUCUCUGGUCUCUCAAACCGAUGAGCUCAAGAGGCAGGUGGAUGAGGAAUCCAAGGCUCGAAGCACAGCAGUGGUGAGCCUAGCUAAUGCACGCCAUGACCUGGACUUGAUGAAGGAGCAACUGGAGGAGGAGCAGGAGAGCAAGGCUGAGAUGCAACGUCUCAUCUCCAAACUCAACUCUGAGGUGACCACUUGGAGGACCAAGUAUGAGACGGAUGCCAUCCAGAAAACCGAGGAGCUGGAAGAGACAAAACGUAAACUGGCGGCCAGGCUCCAGGAGGCUGAGCAGGCAACAGAAGCAGCACAGGCCCGAGCAGCCAGCCUGGAGAAGGUCAAGCAGAGGCUGCAAGGAGAGGUGGAGGACCUCACUAUUGACCUGGAGAAGUCCAACGCAGCGGCUGCAGCUCUAGACAAGAAGCAACGCACCUUUGACAAGAUGAUCGCAGAGUGGAGCCAGAAGUGCGAGGAGCUGCAGCUGGAACUGGAGAACUCUCAGAAAGAGUGCCGCUCCUACAUGACAGAGGUCUACAAACUCAAGACCUCUUAUGAGGAGUCCCUCGACCACUUAGAGACCGUGAAGAAGGAUAACAAAACCCUCACCGAUGAGAUCAAAGAUCUUGUGGAGCAGCUUGGGGAAGGUGGGAAGAAUGUACAUGAGUUACAGAAGAUUAGGAAAAAGCUGGAGGUAGAGAAGGAAGAACUUCAGUUGGCCCUGGAAGAGGCCGAGGCUUCCCUGGAGGUCGAGGAGAGUAAAGUGGUUCGCGUCCAGCUGGAGUUGGCUCAAGUCAAGGCUGACAUUGAUCGCAGAAUUCACGACAAGGAGGAGGAAUUUGAGAUUACAAGGAAAAAUCACCAACGUGCAGUGGAGUCCCUGCAAGCCAGCCUCGAGGCAGAGGCCAAAGGCCGAGCCGAAGCCCUUCGGCUGAAGAAGAAGAUGGAGGCUGACUUGAACGAGAUGGAGAUCCAGCUGGACCACGCCAACAAGAACAACAGCGAGCUGGUGAAGACCCUGAAGAGACUGCAGCAGCAGAUCAAAGAAAUGCAAGUGCAGAUGGAUGAGGAUGCACGGCAGCACGAGGAGCUGAGGGAGCAGUACAACCUGCAGGAGCGCCGCCUCAGCUUGCUGCAGACGGAGAUAGAGGAAGUGCGCAGCGGCCUGGAGGCCUCCGAACGCUCCCGCAAGCUGAUCGAGCAGGAGCUGGUGGAGGUCACUGAGAGACACAACGAGCUUAAAGUUCAGAACCAGAGUUUGAUCACUAUCAAGCGCAAAAUGGAGACAGACAUGACACGCCUCACCAACGAGAAUGAGGAGCUCAUCUGCGAGUUCCGCACAGCAGACGAAAAAGCCAAGAAAGCCAUCACUGAUGCCACCCGCAUGGCGGAGGAACUGCGCCAGGAGCAGGAGCACUGCGUACACCUGGAGAAGAUCAAGAAGAGCAACGAGAUCACAAUCAAAGACCUGCAGCUCAAGGUGGAGGAGGCUGAGGAGCUCGCUCUGAAGGCCGGCAAGCGAACCAUCCAAAAACUAGAGACUACGAUCAAGGAGCUGGAGACACAGCUGGACACGGAGCAGAAGCGCCACGUAGAAACGGUGAAGGACCUGCGGAAAAAUGAACGACGCCUCAAGGAACUGAUCUUCCAGACUGAGGAAGACCACAAGACUAACCACCGCUUGCAGGAGCUGGUGGAGAGGCUGCAAAGCAAACUCAAGGCCUACAAGAGGCAGAUCGAAGACGUGGAAGAGCAGGCAAACACUAGUCUGUCCAAGUACAGGAAGACGGUGCAUGAACUCGACGAUGCGGAGGAGAGAGCAGACAUGGCUGAGAUGGCCCUGAACAAGCUGAGAACCAGGAACCGUGCCUCAGUGGGGAAAGGCUUCACCUCUGUGGAGAUCAUCCAGGUGUCCAAGUCCUCUUCCAAGGGUGCCUCUGAAGAUUAAAGCUCUCCUAGCAUGGGGGUAAUACUCACCAUAUAUGCUCUCUCUGGAAGCGCCAGUGCAGAAAAGAAGCUGAAAUGUCAAUUUCCAACACUCAAGUCUUAAAUUUAGUCUUGCCUGAAAGUAUCAUUCCUUGAAGGCCUAAGCCUGAUUCUUCUCUAACGACAGUGUUUGAAGUGACCACCAGGGGGCGCCAGUCUCACACAUCUGACGGAGAGAGUAACAUUGUGCCACCCAUCUGCCGCGUGUCCGUUUGUGGGUUUGCUGUCAUACUAAUAAACACGAAGCAGAAA